GAAACCGAAAUCGAGAAAAUGUGAUAAGUAUCCUGGCAUGACAUGUUCUCGCACUAACCGCAGUAUCUGCCCGAACACCUAUAAUUGCAAUAAAAAGACAGGGAACUGUUGUAAACACAAGGACUUUCCAAGAGAUUGCCAGCCUGAAGUUAAUAAAACGACCGGUGUUCCGUAUAGAUGCAAGGGCUUGGGAUCGAAGUCAUGCGAGAAUGGAUAUGUAUGUGUUGGUGAGCCUCGCCGUCGGUACAGCAUGUGCUGUAAAGAUUUCCCAUGCUACGACAGCUCAGGAAAUAUUCAUAGAAAAUAUGAAGGAAAGUGGAAGGAUCCUGAUGGUUGUUCAGUUUGUACGUGUGUUUCCCAAAACUUCUCACAAUGCGAUGACUCAGCUUGCGCAAACACAUGUGGUGAAUUUUCUGAUUUCUCCCCGUGCCCACUAUCAUAUGGCCUUGCAAUUUGUGGUAAAAGGGCCCAGAUAAGGAAAUGUCGAAAUGCAAAGAACGACUUAGUAUCACAACGUAAUGCUGAACUGAACGUCACGUUUUGUUUACCCCACCCUCCUGCUCAAUGUCCUGAACCCGGGGUUCCUUUGACAUACAGCGGAUCAAUGUUACCUGGGAACGAAGUGAAGCCUAAAUUUAGAUAUGGUUGGAUAGCCCAUAUUGCUUAUGAUAACAAAACUCAUUGCAGUGGAACAAUUCUUAGUCAAAGUCAUAUCCUCACAGCUGCUAAUUGCUUCUUUGCAAAAUCUGGUUCAAAAAUGCUUAUGCCUGAUAUUAGAGACAAUAUGGGAGUUAAAACUGAGGUGACAGGUCAUCUCAACCCCAAGUCAUCUCAACCCAGUCCAACUCAACCCCAAGUCAAGUCAACCCCAAGUCAAGUCAACCCCAGUAAAACUCAACCCCAAGUCAACUCAACCCUGUAA